CGCAGACGAUCCCCGUGGUCUGUCCGGGGGAAAGCAGACGGUUUUUUGGUGGGAUCCACCAGAUUCCCAGUGUCGCGAUCCCCGGUGAUAGCGAGUUAUCGGCACUCUUCCUAAAAAUAAAAUCGGUGAUCACUGAAAAAGCCCCUUGUGACCUUCGACCGCUCUCAGAAGCCCGACUCGUGCUUCCGGAGCAACGUUAUCAGCGUAUCAAGUGCGUCCCGUCCCGUGUGUUGGUGUUUCUUGGGUGUGUGCGAUUCGGAAAGAAGAAAGUUCCAAAGUCAAUUCACCGACGAUAACGACGAACAACGGGCCAGUGUGUGAGCGUGCGUGUUGGCAGAUAAGUGCCGUUUCUUGUCUUGUGCCGGUGCUGCUGCCAGGGGUGUGAAAACGCGUAAAGAAGUAACAUAAACCCCUCGAGACGCGCGCGCGCGCGCUCGCGAGAUAGAUAAUUACAGCCCUCAAUAACACCGGGAACGCUGCCGAAAAAAAAGGGCGCGUGAGAAGAGAACGAACGUGCCGGUGUCACGUGUCACGAGGGCUUGCUACUUGGUUGCAGAUUCCAGGGCCAGGGAACAGACGGGGCUGGAUUGAUUAGCUGAGCACUGACGACACUUCAAGCGGCACUUUGUCUCGCGUUUAUCAAUGGCACGAUCGUGCCGGAUCGGACAGCAUGUGUCACCGAGCUGGUACCCCGUUGGACAGUGUACAGCCCCCUACAGAGAGUGACCUUGAGCAAGUGCAAGUGCCUGGAGUGCAAGUGACGACGAACUGGCCGUCGCUAGCGACGGAUUAAUCAACGACGCGAGAGAUCUUCAUAGAAAGAUAGCUAGCUUAGAGUAAGAGUUCAAUAAGUGUUCACCGCGAACGGAACGUCACGUACGAACGCGAAAGGAAGAUCAACAAGGACCAUGGCCUACAAUGGAUUGUCGCAGCAUGUGGACUUCAGCCGGUUGCCGAACCCGACCGAACGGUUCGAGCUGCUGGAUCUGAUCGGCGAGGGCACCUACGGUGAGGUUUACAGUGCAAAGGACAAACACACCGGCCGGAAGUAUGCAGUUAAGAUUUUGGAGAGCAUCGCGGAUAACAUCGAAGAGAUCGAGGAGGAGUACCUGGUGCUGCGCGAUCUCUCCAAGCAUCCCAACAUUCCCGACUUUGCCGGCCUCUUCCUGAAGAGGGGCACCACGGUCGAGGAUGACCAGCUGUGGUUCGUGCUCGAGCUCUGCACCGGUGGUUCGGUCACGGAUCUGGUACAAGGUUUACGGAGCCGUGGAGCGCGCCUAUCCAACAACCAGAUCGCCUACAUCCUACGCGAAACCGUCCAGGCGCUAGUGUUUCUGCACGAGAACCACUGCAUGCACCGUGACAUCAAGGGCCACAACAUUCUACUGACCGAGUCCGGCCAUGUCAAGCUCGUCGACUUUGGGGUCAGUUCGCACCUGGCGGCGACGAUGGCACGCCGGAACACGAGCGUCGGCACACCGUACUGGAUGGCACCGGAGGUGAUCGCUUGCGAGCAGCAGCUGGAUCAAUCUUACGAUUCCCGGUGUGACGUCUGGUCGAUCGGUAUAACGGCGAUCGAGCUGGCCGAAGGUGAUCCACCGCUCUGUGAACUCCAUCCCAUGAGGGCACUCUUUCAGAUCCCAAGGAAUCCACCACCGAAACUGGCCCACCCGGAACAGUACUCUUCGAUGUUGUCGGAUUUUAUCGCCGAGUGUUUGGUGAAGGAUCUAGAGCAACGGCCAUUCUCGAAGGAACUGGCCACGCAUCCGUUCCUCAAGAGUGUUGGCCCGUACGUGGACCAGAUACGGCAGGAGUUGCGAGCGGAGAUAGCGCGCCAACGGGAGGAUGGCCGUGCACCGAGUCAAGCGAUAGCGACGACCAAGUACGGGAAGUUGAAAUCCGAUCGCAAAUCGAAACCACAGCCCAUGUACAUGGACGAUCUGGCCACACUGGACGUGCUGACGGAGGAUGCGAUCGUGGAGCAGCUACAGAAGCGCUUCGAAACGAACCAAAUCUAUACCUACAUCGGGGACAUACUGAUUGCGGUGAAUCCGUUCAGUCAGGUGGGACUUUAUACGACGCAGCAUCAGCGGAAGUACGCGGCACAGGCCCGAUCGGACAAUCCGCCGCAUAUUUUUGCGAUCGCCGAUGCAGCCCAUCAGGCGCUUGUGCAUCAGCGACAGAACCAAGCGAUCGUCAUAUCGGGCGAGAGUGGUUCCGGUAAGACGGAAAGUGCCAAUCUGUUGCUCAAACAGUUGGUCUACCUGGGCAAGGCGGUCACGAAAAACCUGGAAGAACGAAUCCUGCAGGUGAAUCCGAUCAUGGAAGCGUUCGGAAAUGCACGCACCGGCAUCAACUCGAACAGCUCACGGUUCGGAAAGUAUCUGGAGCUAACGAUGGCCAAGAGUGGCAAGGUGAAUGGGGCCCGUAUUUUCGUGUAUCUGCUCGAACAGAGCCGUGUGGUGAAGCAAGCCGAAGGGGAAGGUAACUUCCAUGUGUUCUACUACAUGUACGAUGGUCUCCAGUCGGAGGGACGGCUCGAGGAGUACUAUCUCCAUCCGUCGUACCGGAAAACGCACCGGUACCUGCAAGAGACGGCCACACUACCGAAAACGAACGUCGAACGGUGGCGGCAGCUGUUGGCGAGCUUCAAGGUGCUCGGUUUCAAGGACGAGGAGAUCGACAUGGUGAACCGGGUGUUGGCGGCCAUCCUCAAUCUCGGUGACAUCGAGUUCGGUGAGAUGGAAGCGAACGAUAACACGGAUAGCCGGGCGCGCGUGAUCGACGUCGCACCGAUGCACCGCGUAUCGAAGCUUCUCGGUGUCGAUUCGGCCGAUCUGCUCGAUGCGCUGUCCUCGAACUCGGUCGUGACGCGCGGCGAAACGAUCACGCGGCAUAAUAACGUUUCGGAGGCUAGCACGGCACGGGAUGCGAUGGCGAAGGGACUGUACGGUCGGUUGUUCGAUUGGAUGGUCAACCAGAUCAACCUGCUGCUGGUGCACAACCGUGUCAACAAUAGCCCGGAACAGUUGGCGAUUGGUUUGUUGGAUAUUUUUGGCUUCGAAAACUUCAGCAAAAACUCGUUCGAGCAGCUGUGCAUCAACAUUGCCAACGAGCAGAUCCAGUACUACUUCAAUCAGCACAUCUUCACCUGGGAGCAGCAGGAGUACAUGGCUGAAGGCAUUCCAGUGGAUUUGGUCGAGUUUGCAGACAACCGUCCCGUGCUGGAUAUGCUGCUAAGCCGUCCGCUUGGUCUGCUCGCUCUGCUCGACGAGGAAUCGCGCUUUCCACGUUCCACGGAUCGAUCUUUGAUUGAAAAGUUCCACAACAACGUCAAAUCCAAGUUCUACCAGCGACCCAAAUCGGACGCGGUCUGCUUCGCGAUCCACCACUUUGCUGGCCGGGUCGUCUAUCAGGCCGAUGGGUUCUUGGAGAAGAACCGUAACUUUCUGCCGGCGGAAAUAAUUCAGCUGAUACGCCAGAGCCAGUACGAUAUGAUCCGGUUUCUGUUCCAGUGUCCAAUCACCAAGACGGGCAAUCUGUACUCGGCCAUCCAGGAUACCGGGUCGCGUCAGAACGUUUCGAGCUUCAUCAAGGUGGACACGAAGGAGAAGUUUAAUUCACGUGGUUUAGCAUCACAAUCGCGAGCUCAGCAGACCGUAGCCACGUACUUCCGGUACUCGUUGAUGGAUUUGCUGCAGAAGAUGGUUACUGGGACGCCUCAGUUUAUACGCUGCAUCAAACCGAACGAACAGAAGGCUGCCAAAACGUUCGAAUCGGCCAAGGUGUUGAAGCAGCUGCGAUACACCGGAGUGCUGGAGACUAUCCGUAUACGGCAGCACGGUUUCAGCCAUCGGUUCACUUUUGCGGACUUUUUGCGAAAGUACUGCUUCCUGGCCUACAGCUUCGACGAGCGUGUUGUCUCGAAUCGGGAGUCAUGCCGUUUGCUGUUGGUGCGCUUGAAAAUGGAUGGAUGGGCCCUUGGGAAGUCGAAGGUGUUCCUCAAGUACUACCACGUCGAGUAUCUGUCCAAGCUGUACGAGGAGCAUGUCCGUAAAAUCAUUCUGGUGCAAGCUUGUGUAAGACGAUGGCUGGCGAAGGCACUGUACAGACGGGAGAAGCAACGCGUCGCACUGAGUGCCGUGACGCUUCAGAAGCACGUACGUGGUUGGCUUACGCGGCGUCGUAUGCGUAUCCUGAAGGAGAAGCAAGAACGCGAACGUUUGGAACAGGAACGCCUGGAGAAGGAGCGGCUGGCGAAGGAGAAGAAGAACAAUGAAGCCAACAAGGCGAAACAAGCGCUGGCCAAGGCGAAGCUUAUCCACCAGCUAUCCAACCAUCAGCUGGAGGCGCAGCAUCCGCACGAGAAGCGCAGUUCAUCGGAUGUGAACAACAAAGAAAACGAACGAGCAGCGAUCGUAAUCCAAAGCUACUACCGUGGCUACACGAUCCGCAAGAUGCGCAUGACGCCCGAGAUCGAGGCCAAAACCAAAUACAUCCUCGGUAUCGCGAAGAACCGCGUCGAGGCGCAGCGUAUGAUGCAGAAGGAGGGCUUCACGAAGGAAGACGCAGCUCGCAUCAUCCAGCGUUACUACCGGACGCAGAAGAGCAAAAACAAGCGUGAACAACAGGCCGUACAGAAGGGACCGGCACCGCCACAACCACAACCGAAACCACUCAGCACCAAGGAUCAGCAGCUCGAUCUGAUCGCAUUCUCACAGAACGUGCACAUGCUGAACCAGGAGGUGCACCGGAAUCUGCGCGUCAACAAGUCGGGCGUUCCGCUGGAGGCGAUCGAGAAGCUACCGAACGACUAUCGGCGACCGCCGGGGUUCGUGCUGGUACCGGGGCUGCUCGGUACGGUACCGGGUGGCGACGCCAAGUACAGUUCGCUGCGCAGCUCGGACUGUGACCACGAGAUGACCAAGGAGCUGAUCCAAAGAAGUCCACCACCGGUUUCGGACUUUGACGAUAUCUCCCCGUGGGAUAUGCCGUUCUACGAGGUGGAACGCAACCUGCGCUCGCAAAGACAGCGCAACCUCCAGCAACCGCCGCAGCGGAUUGACAUCAACCGGAACGAUAUCCUCGGUGAUCGCAAGAUGGAGCUCGGUGAUCGUAAGCAGCAGCUCUCCAGCAACUGGCACCACGCGUUCCAGGCGUCCGAAUCGACGCCACAGGACAAGUUUAAGGGUCUUGCAAGCAGAUCACCCAACCCACACGAACCGGGCCACAUCCGCAGCAUACCGGCCUUCAGCUAUCUUAACCCAAACAGCCAACAAAUCCUUCGCUACUCCCCGAACAACCAGCAGCGCGAAACACCAUCGGCCGAAUCGGCCGCACCGCAUCCCUCGCCAGUGCGCCAAUCUCCGGUCAGUUCACCCCGGGAACCAUCUUCACCAGCGCUGCGGCUCGGUUUGCUAGGACUCGGCGGAGGGGCUGGUGCUGGUGGCAAGAAAGCGGCAAAGGCCGAACAGAAGGCCCGCGAAAAGGAGAACAAAGAGCGCAAGAAGCGUGAGAAGAAGGCAAAAAAGGAGAAAGAAAAGGCGGCAAACGGGGGGGCGUCACCGUCCACGACUUCGUGUUCUUCCGGUGGCUCAUCGGCCCUCUCGUCCGGGUCGUCGAACGGCGAGAAAGCGCACCAGAAGGAGCCGGGUCCGGUCGGAAGGAAGAAGCAUCCAUCGCCCACGAUGAAGGAACCGGAAGUGAUGGGUGGCAACCGGUUCGCCGGAAUGGACGACCACCAUCACGAGCAGCAGCAACAAAGUCAGCAACAAGUUCCACAGAAACGGCUGAUAGAGCAUCACGAGUAUCAGAACAUUUCGGAGGAAACGAAAAUCGAUAGCAAGAGCCCGGUGAUGCGGAUGUUUGGCGAUACCAACUUUCUGGUGAACCAUCGGCGUAAGGCAGCGGAACAGAAGCACCAGCAGCACCAGCAGCAGCAGCAACAACUUGCUCAGCUACAACAGUACCAAAGGCAACAGCAGCAGCAGCAGCAAAAGGCACGCCAACAGCAACGCCAAUCGGAGCUGAGCUGCGGGCAGGGUGUCUGUGAGCUGCUGAACGGGGUGUACCGGUUCAGCCCGCACGUUACCUCGUUCGCUGCCCAGCUAGACGCGAAAGGUGGUGGUACGAACAGUAGCAGCGGCAUCAACAGCCUAUCGGACGAUCGGUCGACGCUGGACAAAGAUUACCAGAACUUUAACGUGUCCAAGUACCUCAACAUCGACAUCAAGGGUCCGCUGCAUCACCAGCGGGAACGUUCGCGUGAUGGUGGUGGCGGUCGAAGAGGUGUUGGCCAUCAUCACGGUGAGGAGCGGGCCGAUAGCUCGAACAGCUCCAGCCUGAGCAGCGCAAGUAGUGGCAUGAACUCGCUCAACUCGUUCGACUCGGUCGAGCAGGCCAUCAUCUUCCAGAAGGAUCGCAAUGCCGACUCGUACCUCGGUCCGUUCAACUUCCGCCAGCUGCUGCGGCCAACGCAGGGCCCGACCGAGUCACUCCGCAAGCGGAAAGGCAUCAAUCCACCGUCACCACCGCCACCGCAGCGGGGCAAAAGUUAGAAAGUAAUUGCCGCCUCCAGCCACCACUACCAUCGUCAUCAUCAUCGUCGUCGUCGUCGUCGUCGUAGCCAAAGAGCGAACAAGCCAAAGUGUUUGUGCGUGUGCCUGUGACUUAUUGUGUACGAGGAGAGCGGGAUGGAUGAGGGUGCAAUGGGGAGGGAGGAUGCAUCCUUCCGUACUGUACCGCACUGGUGCGGACACCCGCCGAAAAUGGUCUCGUUUUUCCAGAGAAAAGUUUUAAAUAUUGAUUUUUCUCCAAUGGAGAGAGAGAGAGAGAGCCGGAGAGAGAGAAGAAGAGGCAGUGAGACAGCGGAGAAGAGAUUUACCAGUUAAUAGAGUUUGGAAGCCAUUUCCAUUGGACAGGAUGUGACGCACUGGAGGUGAAGAACGUUGCAGAAGGAAGCUACUACUACUGGACACACGCUGCUGGUGUGAUGCUGGUGCGAACCAGGAUCAUACUUUGUGCAACAAUUGCGCGAAAUGGAGAGGAAUUUAUUCAUCGAAAGGGUGUCCUCGCGUAACUCCGCGCGGAAAGGCUUAUCAUUCCGGUUUCCAGUCCCUUUACCGGCGGUGCACCCAAUAACGCAAUUACCAAGCGGGAUGCUGCGCUUACCUGCCACCGAGUAGGGGAUGCAGUUUGAUAACAAACGCCACAGAGGACUGGUUGGAUGGAGGUGAAAGAAAGUUGUUCGUUUGGGUUCGUUUGGUGGUCGGCGGACGUUAGGAAAUAAUCGAUAACAGUACAAUUCAAUGAGGUAGAAGAAAGAUAAAGGCGACAAGGGGUUGUGGGUAUGCAAUCCUGGCUCUUACCGUGUUCGCGUGGUCCUAUAAUCGUUACGUGUCGUGCUCGCUAGCUUGUGCGCUAGUGGAGUCUGGCGAGUGGAAACCCGGUUUGUUGGUGAUGAAUGCAAAGGAAUUCAGUUUGAUGAAUUGAUGAGCGUUUGACAGACGCUUAACGCGUAUUAGUUGAUAGGUUUUUUUUUGGUUGGAUUUUGAAAAUAAAUAAAGUCUUUCUAGAUUGCUAA